CUGCUUUAAAAACAUCAUCGCUUUUUGCCUUGCUAAAUAAGGUUGUGCAAUUACAGCAAUUACAGCAAACGGUCACCUUUCCGCAAAAAAAAGGACUUUGGCAUCACACACAACAUACUUUGUCAGCAUCGCUCGUCUCAGCAUCGCUUGCCUCAACAUCACUUGCCUUAACAUCAAACCCUUCAACAUACACUCCUCGAUAUAGGACAGAGCUCAGAAUCCUGCCAUUGGAUCUCGUCCUUCCUGGGAUGCAUCAACCAUAUAACUACAUCUCACUCCACGACAUCAGCCCUGAGGGUCGUUUCGUAUGGGUAUCCGAGUCCAUCUUCGAUGUUCUUGGAUAUACGCCAGAGGAAAUCGUAGGGCGGCCUGUGUACGAGUUCAUCUACUCAGAAGAUAUAGCUGCGAGCAAAACAGUUCACAAGGAAAAUGUCAUGAACGAUCUGGUAGCGAGCCAGGUUAUUCUUCGAUACGUUGGCAAAGAUGGCCGUCCGGUGGCCUGCACAUCCGUUUUCAGUCUCUGCUACGACUUUGUCGUCAAUUGCUCGACCAUCGUUGACCCGAAUGUCGGCACCUUCAGGCAGUUCAGGGCCCACUCAGUCGCGAUGACACGCAUUGUAGGAUCCAGGAAAGAGGAGUUCGAGAGGAUAAAGCGCCAUCAAAGAGCGUUUGACGCCAACUCAUGGAACCAUCAAGGAUUGGAUCCGGAACCGCGCGCUUGUAUGAUUCUAAACCGAUUCUCACGGAGUCUGCUGAUCAUGUAUGCAUCUCCGGCGUGCGAGCUGAUCUUUCACCUCGAUCCGGAACAAAUUGUCGGCAAACCGAUCUUACUCUUUAUCCGAGCAGACGAUCUAGGAUCGUUCGUCGAACAGGUGGACAUGGUCAAGUCGUCCUCAGCAAUCACGCAUAUGAGAUUCUGGUUCCAAUCCCCGAACUGGCCACAGGAGAUCCCAUGCGAGGCAAUGCUCUUUGGAGCAGUUGAUGGCAUGGUUGCUGUCCUGAGACGAUGUAAACCCUUUAUUAGGAAACGGAUGGUCGGGAGUGCAGAGCAAUACAGCAGUAGUCAGGGUUCUUCAUGGUCAUCUAUCAGUUCUCAGUCAUACUUGACAACCCCCGCUACAUCAGCAUCGCCUUCACCGCCUUCGGUCCACGCGGGCGGUCAUGUUAGCCAACCCGCAGCCCCUGUUCAGAAUUUGCCAAUGUCAAGACUCAACCGGAUAAGAAUUGUGGACCUUGCCAGCGAGAAAAUUCGGCCGUUGGCAGAUAUUCCAAAGAACGACCCGAUGCUUUUAUCAGAAACGUCAGCGAUGCCCAAGGGAUUCGGGAUCAGAGAGUACCGUAUGGAUCAGUACGAAGAAGACGACGACGACGACAACGACGACGAGGAGGAGGAAGAGGAAGAGGACAAGGAGAGGGAGGAAGGGAGAUUUGAGGUUGCCAAGCACUUCGAGAGCAACGUUGACGUUGACUUGGGUAUGGAUUAGAGAAGCAGUCUCAACAUGAUGGUCAGCACUGCCAUCUCCGAAUGGUCCUUUAACAGAACGGGAUUAAUGCAAGAGAGCAACAGCAACAGCAACAGCAACAGCAACAGCAACA